AUGAGCGCUCGGGAUGACGAUGCUGAGCCUUCACACAUCCUUGAACAUGUGUUCCUCGGAUCUAGGACGCACGCACGUGACAAGGAGCUACUACAACGCAUUCGGAUUACCCACAUCUUGAAUGUGACGCCUUCGAAGAAGAUGGACCCAGUAGCGGGUGUGCCGAAUUUCUUUGAAAAGGACAAGCUCUUUACGUAUCGACGGUGUUCCAUUUUCGAUAACAAGGCAGAAGAUAUUUCAGGAGUCUUGGAAGGAUGUAUUGCGUUCAUGGAUCAAGCCAAGUACUAUGGUCGGAUCCUUGUUCACUGCAACAAAGGAGUGAGUCGCUCAUCGUCCAUGGUUGUUGCGUACCUCAUGAAGCUCCGUUCCAUGAGCUUCGAGCAAGCGUUGACCUUCGUGGUGGACCGCCGUUCCAUUGCCAACCCCAAUGAAAGUUUUCGUCUCCAAUUGCAGGAGUACGGACGUCGUCUCCAGCGAAGUGUACCCAAAGAGAAAAGCGCUCGAAUUGUGCGUGGUCCCGUUGGUCCUCAACUGCCUCCUACUGAAGAGGAUGCUGCUGCUAUCGGACCACAACUGCCGCCGCAUCUCCUGCGAGCUCAAGAAGGUGACAAAGCGGUACAGAAUACAGAAGCCGUAACGCAAGGUGCCAACGAGAAGGUGGUCAUUGGGCCAAACCUUCGUCCGAAUCCGAAACGUGAACGAGUGCAUUCGAACGAACUGAAUGAAGACAUUACGACGUCCACCAAGAAGAAGAAAAUUGAGAACACCGAAUGA